CUUACAUCCUCUUCCGACACCUCGAAGCAAAUAGCCACUUCACUUUCAUUCCGCACGCAGUGCGCCACGUAACUCUGGCAAUAUGGACGCUACCAUUGAGGCAUGGCGCAAGAAGAUGCCUAGUAAGCGCGCUCUAACGUCGACCAUCAACCAGCUCGUACAGCAGAAGUCUGUUGCUGUACUGUACACGCCUACGGAGGUGGAGCGUAUCAAACAGAUGACCGACAUGAUAGCGCAGGCCACGAGCGACUACGAGGCGGACGAAGACUGGGACCGAAUUCUGCGAGUCGUCGACGCGCUCAGCAAUGUCAACAACCGCGCUGUGUACGUGCAGCGGUACGGGGGUGUAUAGUAUUGGUACUAAAGUGCGGAAUGAUUGUCACGCGAUAGGCUGAAAGAGUCGAUCCGAUACCUGAAGCUGCGGCUGGGAGAUCCAUCGUCGCGUGUGGUAAUUCUGGCAUUGACAUUGACCGAGUCCAUUGUCAAGAACUGCGGAGGCCUCGUGCAUCAGGAGAUCGCCACAGAGCAAUUUAUGGGCGAGAUGGAGGCGCUCUACAGGACGCACGCUAACAAGCGCGGUCGAGACAGUAUGGAGAUCGCCAGUCGCGUACUGGACAUGAUCCAGGCCUGGGGUGAAGCUUUCUUGCCAUUCAGGUGGUUGUGAUCGCAGCAUGAGUUCCCGCUGUUUGUGGACACGUACCACAAUAUGCGCAAGAAAGGCAUCAAGUUCCCGGAUCAAUACGACGAGUCCAAGGUGCCUGUGCUGACUCCGGAGGUUCAUUCAGGAGGACGCAGUAGCCGAUCGACAUCGUCAAAUCAGACGCGAUCGAUUGACACCUCGUCCUACUCGAACACUAGCAGUGAACUGGGUGGACUGUCGACACUUGAACUGUAUCGAGUCGCGACGAAUGUGCUAGAAAUGUUUGAAGACAUGCUGUUCGAGGCGCAAAAGGAUACAUCGUCAAUUGGAAGUCAUGGAGUGAUGGAGGAGUUGGCUGUGGAGAUAAGGGAGAUCGUACACAGACUGGAAGGCGCAAUCCCCAUUGCUGUCGCGGAGGAAGACGAGAACCUUGAAAAAUACCUGUCGAUUAACGACGAUCUUCAUGCAGCGCUGAAGAAAUAUGACGCGCUAUUAACAGGAAACCAGAAACCCGAAGAGGAGACUGCAUCGAAGUCCAAGACGGAGGAUAUUAAUCUCAUUGAUCCAUUCGGAUUAAAGGACGACUUGUCCCCGAAAGGCAAAGAGGACAAUCAGGUAUCAAGCGACGACGACCCAUUUGCGGAUUUUGUGCGUGCUCGUACUGGAUCCAUCAAGGGAUCUACUGUCAUUAAGGUUGUGGAAUCGAAGCCUGAAGUUGAGGUCAAGGCUGCAUCUAAGACACCUCAGCAAGACGAGGAUGACCCAUUCGCGAGUUUCGUGCAGCAAAGAGCAACCAAGAUUUUCAGCAGUAGCAGCAACCAGGAUGCGGAGAAGGAGACGAAGUUGGCGGCCGCUUCAACUCCUGCUGCACCCGCAAAGAACUUGAUCGACCUAUGGGACGAUAUCCCUACGGCGACUCCAGCUCCAAUUGUAACCCAACCUGCAAAGCCUGAUUUUUGGUUAGGGGACGACUUGCUUAACAACUCUAAUCAGCAGCCUACUGUCCUGCCUACUGCUUCUUCGAAAUCGCCAAUUCAAGAUCCAUGGAGUGGUAGUACCUUGCCCAAAGAUUUUUUACUCCCGUUUUCCAGUUCUAAUAGUCAUGUUCUCUUCGCAGGCAACAAUUCAUUAUCGAAGUCAGCCACGUCCGUCACAUCACUACCAGGUCCUUCUAGCGCAUCAAGCAGCACCUUGGGAGCAAGCUUGAGCGACCCAUUCGACAUGCUGGACUUCUCGACAAAGACUUCUAUCUCGACUCCCGCCUCUGCCAAUCCCUUUGACACUCACCAACCUCAGCAACCGUCACAACCGGUGGCCAAUAAAUCGUUUAACCCCUUCGACUUCUAGAUAAACGCGAAGUUGUUCAUGUUGAUCUAAUAACUGGAUUUGCUGUACUUUGCGACUUACUGUUAGUAUCUGGUAUUAAAACUUACGAAACCAAAUGAAUGCAAACAGAAAAAUUCAUAUAUUAGCUCAUGCCUCC